ACAAAAUUACAACAACAAAAAAAAAAAAAGGCUUAAAAGCGCCUACCAAAUGACACCACCACCUAACUUGAAUACAAAGAAGAAAAAGGAGAAACGCCAGCAGCAAAACCCAAAAAUCUAACAUCAAUUUUUUCAGACAUCAGUCCACCAUCAGCAGCCGCCAGCCAGCGGAGACUCUAGCCGUCGCCGGAGGAUUGAUUCGACGUCAGCUGGAACCUCCGCCGGAGAAAUGGGCGCCACGGACCAUGAGGUUGAGAGGGACAGAGAAGAGAGAAACGAAGGAGAAGAACAAGGAAGGGAAGGAGGGGGGAUGGGCGAGAGAGAUGUGGAGAAAGGAGAAGCAGUGGAUGGCGGAGGGGGAGAUGGAGAUGGAGACGGAGACGGAGGAGAGCACGGGAGAGAGUUUCAUAUGUCAAUGAUGCAGAGGUUGAAUCCGACGAAUCCUUUGAGGAUUCAUGUCAUCAGUCAAGUUCCCAGCAGAGCAGCUACUCCUUCCCCUGCGCAGCCACCGCUCCAGCCUCGAUCCACUCCAACCCCACAAGAACUUUCACCUGUUUGUGUUCAACAGCAAUCACUAAUAACGCUGAACUCAAGAAAGUACACCAACAAGAUGUCACUGUUUCUGUUUUGCCUGCAUUUCGUUCUGGCGAUUGGGCUAGUGGGGUUUCUGGUAUUCAAGGGGGUUCAAGGACUAAUUCAAGCAUCGGAUAGAGUGAAAAGGAAGGAAAUGAGGGUCUUGAAGUUUUUCCUGCCACAGGUGGAAGCGGCGUCUCUGUUGAGCAUCACUCUUGCAUUCGCAUGGCAAAAGGCUUUCAGGGUGUGGCCUAACUUCAUGGUUCAUUUCAUAAUGUGGUGUUCUUUCUUGACGUCGUUAUCUGCUGGGAUUCUCUUAAUCUGCUUCCAGAAGGCUUCCACAGACGGGGUUGGGGUUUGCCUCAUGGGUUUUGCAAUUGGUAAUGGCUUGUAUGCGUGCUGGGUUACUCAAAGAAUAGGUUUCUGCACAAAGGUGUUGGUCAAAUCGCUGGAACCGGUUUCCAAGUUUCCCGACUUGAAUCAACCCACUUAUUGGAUGCUUGGUGUGGGGUUCUUGUGGAUGUCUCUGUGGAUCAUAGCAGUGCUUGGAGCCUUGAAUUUCUACUUCCCACCUCUGACCAUUAUAGCCUUGGUGCUGAGCUUGGCCUGGACUGCUGAAGUGCAGAGGAAUGUGGUUAAUCUGACUGUAAGUAGGGUGAUUUCUCUGUAUUACUUGAGAGGGAUGCAAUCCAGCACCAAGUUCUGCUUCCAAAGAGCCUUGACUAAGAACCUCGGUAGCGCUUGUCUUGGGUCUCUAUUCGUUCCAGCAAUCGAGGCUCUCAGAAUCGUUGCACGCGGUUUGAAUUUGCUAGAGGGAGAGGAUGAGUUCAUGUUCUCGUGUGCUCACUGUUGCCUCAAUGUCAUGCAGUUCAUCUUCAGCUGUGGAAAUGGCUGGGCCUUUGUUCAGAUAGCUGCAUACGGGAAAGGGUUUGUGAAGGCAUCAAAGGACACAUGGUCACUGUUCAAGAGCCAAGAAAUGGAGGAGAUUGUGGAUUCAGACAUAACAAGCUCCAUCUGCUUCCUAACUGGAGUAUGCAGCGGCUCAAUCUGUGUCAUCAUGGUGGCGGCCUGGACCUUCAAAGUCCAUCAGCCCUUUACAGCAACUAUCUCCCUCUUGGCAUUCUUUAUUGGCUAUCUCAUGGUACACUUUAUUUACUUGCACACCAAUAUCGAUCACGUGGUCAAGUUGCUGCCAUCUUUUUCUUGUUUUAUCCUGGUGGGGGAAUCUCCUUUUGAUUAGUUGCUUGAUUGGGAUCCUGUUGGGUGCUUUCUUUAUUCUUUUGCAGACAAGGAUUGCCAUGGCAUUGCCUCAUGCCUGUGUGAGUUGUUACUAUGUGUGCUACGCAGAGAAUCCUGACAACAGAUUGUUUGAUAAAACAAUCAAAGACCGUCAGAGCUUGAUCAAAUCUGGCAGGGAUGUCGUCGUGCCAACGCCUCGAGUGCCACGUCGGUUCACCACGUAGAUGCCAUUCUCCACAGGAAAGCUUGGCCUCCUUUGGCUCAAAUCCUGUAGCUGAAAAGAUUGUACAUAUGACUUGUGAGGUAGCUGCGUCUUAUCAAAAGAGAAACCAAGACUUGAAAGAAAGCCCAAGCUGAUCAAAAGAUAUGGUGAGGGGAAGGAAAGCAAAUAUAUCUUCUCUUCUCCAGAUAAGAUGGGCUUUGCUUGCAUUUGGAAGCAACAAAGGCAGAAAUGAGCUCUAUUCUUUGUAGGAGAUACAGAUACCAUUCUUGGGUCAAUUGGAGCGACAGCUGAUCUGGAAAAUGUUCAUUUUCCUCUUGCUGGGAGAUGUGGUGGGCAUUUUGCAUAUACUCUUAGGAUAUUCCUUUCGGUAGUAGGGGGCACAAUCACAUGGCUCCAUCUACCAUUUUAAUAAUAACUAGAUUUUUGACCCGCACUUCGUAGCUGGAUGAUUGUCGACAUUUGCUAUUUAAUUUGAAUUUGUAUAUUAAUCGAAUAAUCUAAAGACUGGAUAAUUUAAAAAAGAAG